AGCUGUUAAGUUGUAUAGGACUCACAGAUUAGGAAUAUAUAGAAAUUAGGGCACGGAUUGUUUUAUCCCUUCGUCCUUCGUCCUUCGUCCAAAGUUCCGUGCAUUAUAAUGGGGGCGGAAGAGGAGCAGCAGAGAGAGAAUGGCGAGGGCGGGGUUGGGGAGAGGCCCAAACCGAUCUCAGAAGCCCAGUUCCUCGCCUGGAAACGCCAAAAGCUGACAGGUGUCUGCAUCACAUUUAUGUUGAAACUUAUUACAUCCAAGACAUUGAAAGCUGAAUCUGAGCAUCCAAAGGUCACUUCAGGCAUGGGUUGGACACUGCUGUUUUUGGUUAAGAUAAGUGUACAAUUGUAUAAUCAUUUCUGUAAAUGUCGCUCUUGCCUUGCUAUCCUUCAGCCUGAGAUGUGGUCCCUUGCCUGGUCCAUUUUGAUUUCUGUUCAAAUGCAGUUCCAUUGAUAUAUUUGACUGCAUAUAUUUUUUACUAGACAUUGUUUUUGAUAAAUAUGAGCAUGAAACACUUUUUCUUUGGACUUUCUUUGCCAUGGGGAUUUGGCAAGUUAGUUUCUUACACGCACACAUAUGUGUGUGAGUACGUAUAUAGAUAUAUAGAUAUAGAUAUGGAUAUAGUUGUAUAUGGAUGUUAAAAGAAUUUCAAUCCCUGCCAAGGAAGCUAUUUAUCCAUGCCUUUGGACUCGAGUUUUAGUCUGAUAUCUGUUUUGCCCGUGAGGGGUGAAUGACCUAAGCUUCUUAUGCUGUCUUUCUUUCCUCUAGCCUAAUAAAUCCAUACCACUUAGGAGGGGAAAAAAUGCCGUUCCUCUUACUUUGAUUUUAGAAGGGCCAUCCUCUAAUAUGUGUUGUUGUCUACAUGCAUCAAAUGGCAUACAAUGCUGCUAUUAAACUAUGUUCUUUCUCCCUGCUGCAGUCAUGAGUAGCUUGAUGUAUUAAAAUAGUCACAAGUAGUUGUUCAAGAAAAUUUCCUUAAA